CAUGUGUAUGUGGCCUCCAUCCAACUAAUAUACCUCCAUCCAACUAUACACUAAACGGAACACCACCCUCGGGUUCAUGGAAAUUAUGUCCAAUCAGGUGUGAUCGAAUAUGUGAUAGUCUUGCAGAUGCUAGAAGGCACUGCAUUAGGGAAUCCUCAUCAGAAGAUGAGAAAGGCAGAGGCCUAAGAAAAAAAAAUUUCGAAGCACCUGAUAGGUCGUUAUUCUAAAUGUGCGUCUCCACCAAUGGAGGAAGCUGAUCAAUCAUCAGCAGAUUCAGAUUAUAGACUACAGGAGAUCGGGAUGCCACAACCAGAGAACUUAACUCGGUUAUGGCCUCAAACUUCUUCCAAUUUCUACAGUCCUCCCCGCAUGACAGGAACAGUUGCUAUCGAACACAAUGAGAUCUUACAACACCCGUCAGGGCCAAAACAAACAGGUGUCAACCAACAUGAGCCACUUUCCACUGAAAAUCGAUACACAAUACCUGAUUCACCCUUGUCCAUAAUCAAUCAAGAGGUUCAGACUAGAGUUGAAAACAAUGGGAACCUAGAAAGAAAGAUUGAUAGAUUGACUGAACUUGUUGGGAGGAUUCUCCUAGAAAUUGAGGAGCUAAAUUUACAGCGAGGAAAGAAUGAAGUGCUGAAUCACACUGAUUUGAGGGAUGAAUUUCCGUUUACGUCUUUGGAAAAAUUGAAGGAAUUUGAGGCAAGAUUAGAAGAUGAGGAGGAGAAAAAAAAAGUGACCCAAUACUUCAAAUCGAUAGGAGGCUUGACUUCCAAGGACUUCCAUUCGAGGGUGAUGGCAAGGGUCUUCACAAAUUCCCUUGCCAUGCAGUGUUCUUGGAAAGGAUUCAAGAACAAUUACAAGGUCGAGAAAUCCCAAAGUUCAAUGACACAUACCGAUUCUUCAAGCGUACUAGAAGUUAUCGCUGAAGAUUCAGAAUUAUUAGAAUAA